AUGGCAACCACCCUGCACUCUCAUACUCUCAGUCCAGUUCCCAGUCCCACGCCGGCCGGCCGUUCGUCCGACAUGCACUGGAGCGACGAGGAGACGUCCGUUCUCGUGGACGCUUGGGGCCCGCUGUACCUCGGCCGCAACCGAGGCUCCCUCAGCAUGGAGGACUGGGACUCCGUGUGCAGCGCCGUCGACGCACACCACGCCGCCGCCGGGCUCGACUUCAAGCGCAACCCCGCCGGUUGCAAGAGGCGCAUCUUUACACUCAAGGCUCGGUACACGGAGGAGGCCGCCAAGGGGCAGCCGACGUCGGCGUGGCGCCACUUUGCCCACCUCCGGGCGUACCUGGCCGACCCCAGCGGCGGGCCUCCGGGCUUCGCCGCAAAGACGUCCGUGAAGAAGGAGAAAAAGGUGGAGGAGGGGAGUGGAUCGGUCGGCACGACGAAGGUCCCGGCGAAGCGCCGGUUUUCGAGCCUACGGGACAUCCUGGCAAAGACGCCGGCGACCGUCAAGGAGGAGGAGGUGGUCGGCUGCGGGUGUGAGUUGGUUGGGGGUCCGCCGGCGGGGGUGACGAAGCUGGUGGCGGAGAUGAGGAGGCUGGCGGAGGUGCACGAGCGCGUGGAGAUGGAGAGGCACAAGUUCAUGAAGGAGAUGCUCAAGAUGAAGAUGAAGGAGGAGAUGGAGACGGAGGACGUGAAGCUGGAGCACAAGAAGGUGAAGGUGGAGAAUGAGGAACAAGUCCACGGCAACUAA